UACUCCAUCUGUCAACCCCAGUAAGAUUAUGGUAUUUUUCCUCUUAAAAAGAGGCUGCGGAAAGCUUCAAGAAAACAGAGAAAUAUUUGGCUUAGAAAUGGCAAGCUCCUGCUUCUUCUUCUUCUUCUUCUUCUUCUUCUUCUUCUUCCUGGCUUCCAUUGUAGAUGUCGGACAAGGCCAAAAUGGGUGUCCUGAAUUACGGUGUGGAGGACAAGGCCCAGCCGUCCGAUUUCCUUUCCGGCUUAAAGACCGCCACCCAGACCACUGUGGCUUUCCUGGGUUUCUUCUAUCCUGCACUGGUACCAACGAAACGGUACUCGAGCUGCCCAUUUCUGUAAAGCUCUUUGUCAAAAAGAUUGACUACAAAUCUCAGGUAGUUAAAGUACAGGACCCAAAUCAUUGCUUUCCAAGGCAACUUCAGGGACUCGAUUUGUCUUCCUCGGAUUUUCAAUUCCAAGAAAGAAAUCUUCAGUCUUUUGCCUUAUUUAAUUGUUCCCAAACAAAAACAGAAGAUGAGCGUCGGAUCUCUUGUCUUAGUGGCCCUAGCCACCAAGUUUAUGCCGUGCUUUAUGGUGAACUCAUUACCGACUUGAUCGAGUCAUCAUCUUGUACAAAGAUGUAUAGUCUUCCAUCAAUUCCAUCUGAUUUAGUAUUCGGUGAUGAUAACACUCGUCACUUUAAGUGGUCUAUACCAGACUGCCGAUACUGUGACGUGGAAGGCAAGAAUUGCAAAUUGAAGAAUACGGGCACGAGCACUCGAUCAGAGAUUGUGUGCGUCCCCAAACACCCUAAAGGUGCAUUCACGAAAAAAGUGAUUACUGGUACGUUGUUUGUUUCCCAUUUGAGAUUUUCAUUUUCUGAGAUAAAUGGAAGUUCGUGACCCACGAUUGUUUACAGUGCAGGUGUCAUCCUAGGUUCAUUUCUGUUAGCAUUAGCUGUCUUUGCUCUCUACCGUUUCUAUAGUUAUGAUAAAAUUGAGAAAGAAUAUCGA